CGCGGGCGCCCCAUUGGCUCAGGUUGGGCCGAGCGCCUGGCGCGGAACGGGUGGGGAGUGGUCCCGGUGGGCCAUGGCCAGCACCGGCAGCCCCCUGGUGAGUCCGGGCGCGGGGAGCGGCCCGCGGGCCAUGGCCAGCACCGGCAGCCCCCUGUAUGAUGCUGUUCCAAUCCAGUCAAGUGUGGUGUUAUGCUCCUGUUCAUCCCCUUCAAUGGUGAGGAACCAAGCAGAUUCCAGCACUCCACCUGUCAUUUCCGCUUGUGGCAGCAGACAGGGAUCUAACAUGGAGGGUACAGCACCUGAAUCAAGAUCUAAUUCAAACUCCUUGCAGCAACAUACAGGACAGCAGCCUCCACAGCCUCGAAAGAAACGACCUGAUGAUUUCAAAUUCGGGAAAAUUCUUGGUGAAGGAUCUUUUUCAACGGUUGUCUUGGCUCGAGAAUUGGCAAGUUCUAGAGAAUAUGCCAUUAAAAUUCUAGAAAAACGUCAUAUCAUAAAAGAAAACAAGGUACCAUAUGUGACACGAGAGAGAGAUGUAAUGUCCCGUCUGGAUCACCCUUUUUUUGUGAAGCUCUACUUCACCUUUCAAGAUGAUGAAAAGCUAUAUUUUGGACUUAGCUAUGCCAAAAAUGGAGAGCUGCUAAAGUAUAUACGCAAAAUUGGCUCAUUUGAUGAGACCUGUACAAGGUUUUAUACUGCUGAAAUUGUAUCAGCCCUGGAGUAUUUGCAUGGCAAAGGAAUCAUUCACAGGGACCUUAAGCCAGAGAACAUCUUAUUAAAUGAAGAUAUGCACAUUCAAAUAACAGACUUCGGAACAGCAAAAGUAUUAUCUGCAGAUAGCAGACAAGCGCGGGCAAACUCAUUUGUAGGAACAGCACAGUAUGUUUCUCCAGAACUGCUGACAGAGAAAUCUGCCUGUAAAAGCUCUGACCUCUGGGCUCUGGGAUGCAUAAUAUAUCAACUUGUAGCUGGAUUGCCUCCAUUUAGAGCUGGAAAUGAAUAUCUUAUAUUCCAGAAGAUAAUAAAGUUGGAAUAUGACUUCCCAGAAAAAUUUUUUCCUAAGGCAAAAGACCUUGUGGAAAAGCUGUUGGUUCUAGAUGCUACCAGCCGAUUAGGUUGUGAAGAAAUGGGAGGAUAUGGACCUCUUAAGGCUCACCCCUUCUUCGAAUCCAUUGUGUGGGAGAACCUGCAUCUUCAGACACCCCCUAAACUUACAGCAUAUUUACCUGCUAUGUCAGAGGAUGAUGAAGACUGUUAUGGAAAUUAUGACAAUCUCCUGAGUCAGUUCGGUUGCAUGCAAGUUUCUAGUUCUGCCUCUUCCCAUUCACUGUCUGCUGCAGAGACAAGUACACCACAGACAUCAGGAGGAAAUAUUGAACAGUAUAUUCAUGAUCUUGACAACAAUUCCUUUGAGCUGGAUUUACAGUUUUCUGAAGACGAAAAGAGGUUACUUCUGGCAAAACAAGCUGGUGGAAAUCCUUGGCAUCAGUUUGUAGAAAAUAACUUAAUCCUAAAAAUGGGUCCAGUGGACAAAAGAAAGGGAUUGUUUGCACGUCGGCGCCAAUUGCUGCUUACGGAGGGACCCCACCUGUAUUAUGUGGAUCCUGUCAACAAAGUUCUAAAAGGAGAAAUUCCAUGGUCUUUAGAGUUGCGUCCAGAAGCCAAGAAUUUUAAGACAUUUUUUGUUCACACGCCAAACAGGACAUAUUACCUGAUGGACCCAAGUGGGAAUGCUCAUAAAUGGUGCAAAAAGAUACAUGAAGUUUGGCGGCACAGAUACCACCAGAAUGCUGCAAAAUAGUAAAGCUCAUCCAAAAUUUCCCAGUUUCCCUACUUGCUGCUAGAACUCCGUGUGCAGCCGAUCAGAGGAAUCUUUUCAACCCACCUAUUACCAUCUCAAGGGGAAACAUACGUCUGAAAUGUUCUUGGGGUUUUUUUAUGGUUUUUUUUUUUUUUUGCUUUAGUUUUUGGUUUUGGUUUUUUGUUUUUGGUUUUCUUCUUUUGUUUGUCUGGGGUUUUUUUUUGGUUUUUUUUUUUUUUUUUUUGCUUUAGUUUUUGGUUUUGGUUUUUUGUUUUUGGUUUUCUUCUUUUGUUUGUCUGGGGUUUUUUUUUGGUUUUUUUUUUUCGGGUUUUUAUGGUUGGUUGUUUGUGUGGAUUUUUGGGGGUUUUUUGGUUUUUUUUUUGUUUGUUUUUUUUUUAAAGAAGAAAAAAAAAGGAAGAAAAGCAAAAACCUAGUGGAAUUCAGGGUUGCUUUGCUCGCUCUUUGUGCUUCUGUUGAGGUUUCCACAUGCAUAUCAUUGCUGUGAAGAUCUUGCUUUUGUGCACUUCAGUUCUGUUUCUGCUGCAGACUAGUGGAUAGACCUUGCAUUACCAGCUUCACUUAAGAUGAGUUAAAACCAACCCACACGCACACACGCCGAAUCAUGUACCAGCCUUGCAUUUUAUGGGGCUGGAGUUUUCUGUGACUCUCAGAUUAUCAUUAAACUGUGUUUCAUCAGGGAGCUUUUAUAUGCCUCUCCUAAGUACCACCUCUUUGUUUCCUCUUCCUUUCCUCACAGUCCCCCAGCUUAUUGGUAUGUGGCAUUUGUAGCCAGGUUGGUUGCACCCUUGUGUAAUUCCUAACAUUGUUCUGGUUGCAGGAUUUGUGUGGUACUAUAGUAAUUAUGUGAAUGAAUCAGAUGUAUUUGUCUGGCAGACAGGCUCCAGUGAUAAAGCUUUUGAGAGAGUAAAAUGCUGAACAUAGCACUGAAAUUUCUAAAAUUGAAAUGUUGGCUUCUGAAGCAUUUUAAACAUUAAGUUUAAAUUUUAAUAUAAGUCAUAUGUGUGUUUAAUCAAGGGACAAUAAACUUACCAGCAUGCUUUUAACUAAUGCUAACUAAAAGAGAAACUAGUUAGUAUGGGGGAGAAAAGGCUACUAUUGAAAUAGUAGAUAGUUUUUCACCUUUUCAGCAGAUGAGGGCUGGAAGCUUUCUUUCCAGGGUGUGCAUGUGUUGUGCAUUUUAGUGGGGCCAACCUAUUUUCUUGGGUAGAGAAGGAAGUGUGAAAACGUUGUACAAUUGAUUACUUGGCAAUUUUUUUUGGUCUCAUUGUGUAAUGAGAUGUCAAUUCUAUUUUUGGUCCUUGGCCAAACAUUCAGGAACUCUGGAAAAAAAUGUAAGGAAUUGAAAUACAGAUAAUAAAGUAAUAUGAUGAGAAAAAUCAAAGGCAAAUAUUGAUACAAAGGGGAAAAUAUAUGGUACUUAAAGCAUAUCUAUAAAAUGAAAAUAUUUUUCAUAUUGAUCUCCUUUAUCCUCUUCGAAUUAUGGCUGUUUUUUGUGGUCAAACAUUUCUUGUCAUGUUACAAAAACACAACUUCUUAUGUGCUAAAAAAAAAACUUCCCCAGUGGUAUUUUCUACAUGCUUGUGUUCCUAAAUCUUGCAGAGGAGAAUGACCUAGGUCUGGACAAAGGCAUUCCUUCCUUGUUUUAAAAGCAGUAUAAUCAUCAUACCUAUUUAUUCACUCAUUACAUAUACCAUUACUUUGCAUUUUGAAUUGUCAUAUUAUGAUGUGCUUUUCCUUCCUCCAAAGAAAGGUUUCUCUGCAAUGUUCAAAAAACUCAUAGGCUACUGUUCUCUAGUAGCAGUAGUUUAAGAAAAAUGACUUAUCAGAUUUCUCUGAAAUUAUGUGAAUGUUGAAUAUCUUUUUGUACAGGGUGAAGGAGAUUUAUUAUCGAUCUCUUAAAAACUGUGUUAUGUGGUUGAACUUGAUGGCAGUUCAGCUUUUCCAGUCUUUAGAAGAGACAGUGCAGUUGCCUUUUCUUUUGGUGCAGCUGCAUUCCUGUAGUCAUCUGUAUCCCACCACAUAUGGAAACCUGAGACAAGCAAAUCCCUGGCUUACUGUGUCUGAUGUUAAAGGGGAGAAGGGCCCCUGUAAAUGGCUGAGGAAGACAGAAAAGUGUUCCCCUUUGCAUCAUGAGAAAUCCCAUCACGUACAAAGUAUACUCCUUGUUGCUCAAAUUUGAAUAGCACACUGUACCUUUGAUCUGUGUUUGUAGUAAGCUAUAUGUGCCAUUCUAACCAAGAUGACGUGUAUUUUAAGUCUGUUGCAGUGCUAUCCGUUUGUUCCUCAGCUGUCAAAUUCCGGCCACGUAUUGUGUCCACUGGAGACAACCCUACUACUUUUGGAUUUAGUCUCUGGUAUUGAGAUCUGGACAGACAUAUUCCCAACUUCAUACAGGAGUUUGGCAGUGGUGGAGAUUCACAGUGCCACUGCUGUUCAGUGUGAUAAAACUUGGCCUCACAUAAAAUGUCUGGCAAAAUGACCUCCAUUGGCUUAACUAGGUAAAGAUCUAGGUGUGCUUUAACAUGUUUUCUGUAAUAUUUAGAUUUUUAAUCAUUUUACCAUAGCAAAUUAAUUGUGGUUUUUCACACCUUGAAAACCUUCUCUCAGUAGGCUUUCAUCAUGCCCACCAAAAGCUUUCAGCCAGCCUUGUAGAUCUUGGUAGCAGUAAGCUGUCAAGAAGGUACCUGGAAGGCUGAUGUCUGCAUUCUAGAAGUCCUUUUUUUUUAUUAUUUGACAAUGCUGUUAUUGGAAAACUGUAAGCAUCUCUUACAGGCAUCACUCCACUUAGAGCUUCAGUACUCCUAAUCCAGUCUUACUUAGCUACUGCUUUUUUGGGAAGGAACUAGAACUUUCCUGGGAGAGGUAUUUCUAUUUCUUGGACUAUCUGUAGAAUCUGUGGGUUUGAAAGGUGGCAAGAGUAUAGAGUGAGGCAUCACAAAGCAAUUGUGGAUUCAAGUAUGUUUUGCCAGUUUGUCCACUUAAAUGUGUGUUGAAAGGUGCUGCAUACUAUGAAGGGCUGGUACCCAUUUUAAAUGCUUAUACCUGGUGUGGCAUAGAAUCAGGUCUUUGUCUGAAGAUCACUCCUGUGGUUCAUGGGAGUUCAUGGAAUGAAAUGUGCAAAGGAGGUUCUUCAGAGCUGCACAUAGGCCAGGUGAUUUUUCUGCUUUUAAUCCAAGGUGUUCAAAGGAGAAAAAAAAAAUUUAGGUACUUGAAGACUCUCCUUAAGAUUUUUCCUUACUGCAGACCUACUGAAAACCAAAUCUGUUGAUUCAUACCAUCUCUUGAAAUUUCAACAAUUGUUGAUCAUUUAUGAAGAAUCUGGCCAAUAGUGUUGUAAUUUUGGUUUGCUUGGUAUUUGAACUUCAGAAAGGUUUAUUCUAUCAUUUUCUGUGGUGUGGAGCUUAAAGGAUGAAGUACAUGCCCAGUCACAAGAAAUUUAGGACGAAUUUAAUAAACUGAGAAAUUAGUUUGUUACCGUUUGCCUUAAAGUUCAGUUUUGUAAAGGUUUUGUAUUAAGAAAGAGUUACUUCAGAUGUGAUGUUGAGGCAUUGUUAGCAGACUGAUAUUGCCUAUUACAAUUCUGUUUGUUAGGCACUUAGGUGCUAAAAAGAUCAAAUUAUCAGUACUGUGCUCUACUUGUCUCCUUCUGAUGUGAUUUAAUUGUGAAGUAUCUGCUAUAUAUAUAAGUCUGAAAAGAAUUGUGGAUUGAAACAAAGAUGUGAUUAUUCUAAUCAGCUUUCAUAGUUCAAGAUGCUUAAUUUAAUGUGCUUGAUACAGUUAUUUUUUGUGCUGGGAACUUUGAAAAAUUAUGGGAAUUUCCCACAUGUACCUUUUCUUCUGAAUUAGUAAAGUCAAGACAAUUACUUCAUUUGGCCUGUGGAUAAAACAUUUGAUUUCAAGACCUUGCUGAGGACAGAACUUGUGUAUUAAUAGUUGCCUAAAGAUGUGGCCUCUGGAUGGAUUCUGAUCAUUCUUUCUACUAGUAAAUUGCACAAAUAGGUGCAGUAUUUAUAUCUGAAAUUUUGCUGAAUGCCUGUAAUGCUUCAUGGAAAUAUUUUAUGAAUCAAAUGCUCCUGCAAAGCCUCAUGAUGCAGAUUGUCUAUCAGGUGAUCAAGUGAGCUUACAGACAAGUAGUUCUGUAAUCCAAAAUGGCAUGUUUUCAUUUAUGACUGAUAAUUUCAGAGUGUUUCCUCUUUCAUAGAAGAAAUUACCAUUAUGCAACAAACAGUUGGAGAGGUUCUUAAGCACCCAAUAGCUUGGUUUUAGAGUAAAGAGAAUAUACUGAGUUGGAAAGGACCCAUCAAGGUCAUAAAGUCCAACUCUUGGCGCUGCACAGGACUCCCCAGCAAUCCCACCAUGUGCCAGACAUCUUCUUGAACUCAGGCAGGCUUGACCGCUUCCUGGGGAGCCUGUUACAGUGUUCACCAGUGGCCACCCUCUGAGUGAAAAGCCUUUUCCUGACACCUAACUUAAAGCUCCUGUGCCUCAGCUUCACACCAUUUCCUCGAGUCCUUUCCCUGGUCAAGAGAGAAAUCUGUCUGUCAGCUGGGCCAUGAAUGUAGAUGAUUGCCAUUUGACAAAGCUUCCUAUGGCCAUGUAUUAACUGACUUGAUGUGGUGAAUGUUCGCAAUGGUAGCAGAACUGAAAACUACUCUAUCUGACAAAAGAGAAAAAUUAGGAACCAGGAACCAUAAUCAGUUUUGAUAGUUGUAUGCUGUUUUCAGGUUGGUGGCAGUCAGUUACACGUGUAAUAUGCUCUACCUGGUUUGUAGCUGUAACUGUGAUGUACAGAAAGAAAGAAGAAACUCACCCCAAAGAAACAAAACCCCUGACCCCCCCUCAACAAACCACAAAACAAUCUCCCCUCCUUCAAGAACUCGUGAAAACAGAAGCAAAUAAUGCAAUGAUAUGAUACACACUUUUGUAUUUUUAUUCUUCUAAGGUUAUUUGCUGGCUCUUGUUGGCCUCUAGUUCAGUCUGUGUUAUUUAAAUUCUAAUAUAUGAAUUAUUUGGAUUGAUUCAUGUUCGGGGCCAUGGUGUUGUAUGUAUUGAUGUACAGCCUUGAAUGUGAAUAAUUAUUGUAAACUAUAUUUUACACCUUUUUUCUGGCUUUAUUAUAUAAAUUUUCUAUUGGUCGAUGAUUUAA